GAGAGCCAGUUGCUCCACUUGCUCCUGGCCAGGGGAAUUUUGACUCUCUGAGCAGGUAUCCCCCCCAAAAAAAGCCAUCGGAAGCCCAAAAAUCCUGCUGGCAGCCAUGGUCGGCUCAGCUGCCCUCGUCCAGGAAUUUCUCUCCUGCCCAGUGUAGCUCCAGGAUGGGUUCUGCAGCAGUCUGAGGCACCUCUGGGAUGCAGCUCCGAGAGCGGAAGGCGACGAUGGUGACAGAACAUCAUCCUGGCACAGGCCCUGCUGCAUCCCAGACCCACGGCUGCCAGUGGGACUCCUGAAGAGCAUUUCAGCCGGAAACCGACAGCAACACAAAGGAUGGGGUACAAUUUGUCCUAUGGAAAACUGCCAGCACCCUAAAUCCUUACCACGGUGUCCCUGUCCCGCAGACAGCCGCCCCAGCCCCGAGAACAGCAGCUGGCCCAACGGCAGCUCGGCGGCGCGGGACGAGUUCACCACCAUCGUGCUGCCCGUGCUCUACCUCCUCAUCUUCCUGGCCAGCCUCCUGCUCAACGGCCUGGCCGUCUGGAUCUUCUUCCACAUCAGGAACAAGACCAGCUUCAUCUUUUACCUCAAGAACAUUGUGGUGGCGGACCUGCUCAUGACGCUGACGUUCCCGUUCAAGAUCAUCCAGGACUCGCGGCUGGGCCCGUGGCACUUCAACUCCUUCCUGUGCCGCUACAGCACGGUGCUGUUCUACGCCAACAUGUACACCACCAUCGUCUUCCUGGGCCUCAUCAGCAUCGACCGCUACCUGAAGGUGGUGAAGCCCUUUGGGGACUCGCGCAUGUACAGCAUCACCUUCACCAAGGUGCUGUCGGCCUGCGUCUGGGUGGUGAUGGCGUUCCUGGCGCUGCCGAACCUCAUCCUCACCAACGGAUACCCCACCAGGCGCAACGUGGACGACUGCCUGAAGCUGAAGUCUCCCCUGGGAGUCAAGUGGCACUCGGCCGUCAUCUACAUCAACACCUGCAUGUUCGUGGUGGUGCUGGUGGUGCUGAUAGGCUGCUACAUUGCCAUCUCCAGGUACAUCUACAAAUCCAGCAAACAGUUCAUCAGCUCCUCCAGCCGCAAGAGGAAGCACAACCAGAGUAUAAGGGUUGUCGUGGCUGUGUUUUUCACCUGCUUUUUGCCCUACCAUUUGUGCCGAAUACCCUUCACUUUCAGUCAUCUGGACAAAAUUUUAGAUGACUCUGCACAUAGAAUCUUGUAUUACUGUAAGGAAAUGACCCUGUUCCUGUCUGCAUGCAACGUCUGUCUGGAUCCCAUCAUUUAUUUUUUCAUGUGCCGAUCAUUCUCUCGAAGGCUGUUCAGGAAAUCCAACAUGAGAACCAGGAGUGAGAGCAUCAGGUCCCUGCAGAGCGUCAGGAGGUCGGAGGUGCGCAUCUACCACGAGUACACCGACGUCUGAGGGCACCCCAGAGACUGCGCUGACCUGUGAGGGCGCUUGUAUAUCAUGUAAA